AUGGAUAUAACUAAGGAAGAAGUGUCCACUCGAUUAGAUCACUUGGAAUUUAUAAAUACCGAGUUAGAGAAAGAAAAUCUUGUUUUAAAAAAGAAAGUGCUCGAAUUAAGACAGAUGAUUAAUAAUAUACACGAAGAACUGAAACAAAAUAUAAACGAUGCGGACACAAGCAUAAUAUUAGAAAAAGCAAAGCGAGAAUCAGAGAUCAAACUUUUAAAAGAUGAAAUAGAGACAUUAAAAACAAAAACAGUGGAAGGAACCACUCCAAAAUCCGGAGGACUGCUUCAAGCAUACUCUGGUCGUACCGAGAAUCUAUCGUCUUCGGCAAAUCCGGCCGGUGACGAGCAAAUUGAUCACACUCACUUCUUGACCGACGAAUGUCGUCGUUUCGAUAGCAAUCAGUUUUUAAAUGAGGAGUGUUCGGAUGUUGUUUUAGUUGUAGAUAUAAAAAGAUUCCCCGCCCAUCGUGCUGUGUUAGCCUCACGCAGUGAUUACUUCAGUGGAUUACUGCGUAGCGGAUAUGAAGAAGCUCAUAAAAAGGUGGUGACAAUAAACGAAGGAUCACCAACAUCAAUUAAAGAACUUCUUAAAUAUAUUUAUUUUGGUAAAAUGAAUUUAAGAGUACUAGAGAGUAACGUCAUUUUGGAGUUAUUAAUUCUCUCGAAUAUAUGGCGUUUUACAAACUUACAAUUUUCACUGUCCGAGUACUUGUGUAAUCACAUCAAUGUAGACAGUGUGAGUGCGUUGUUUGUUGUUGCAUUUUACUAUCAACUCAAAGAACUUGAAGUCGCUUCAAUCAAUUUUAUUGAAAUACACGCUUUGGAUGUAUUGCAAUCUGAAGAUUCUCAAUCUUUGUCGGCCGAAGCAUUAGUUUUAAUUCUCAGUCGUAACACGGCGUAUGCUAACGAAUUAAAUAUAUUCCGUGCGGUUUGUCAGUGGAUAAAAAAGAACCAAGACCACCUUCAUCCUGGCGAUAAAACCAAAAUUUUAUCUGCCGUCAGAUAUCAGCUUAUGAAUAUUGAAGAACUGUCUGAAGUUAGGCGAUCAGAGCUGGUUUGUUCGGAUACAAUUAUUUUAGAUGUCAUAAAGAAGUCCCUCACACAAACAUUAAAUGAUCGAGGACGAUUAGUACCAAAUGUGAAUUUCGCUCAAGAAGAUUCGAUAGAGCUUUCUCAAAUUGACGGCGGUACCAUGAUCAUGCUGGAUCAUCCAGUGAAUAUAAACUAUAUCGAAAUGGAUUUAUGUUAUUGGAUGCUGCUUUGGGACCACCAUAACGAUACCUACGGUUACAAUGUUCUAGUUUCAGUCAAUCGUAAAGAUUGGGUCAUGAUAAUAGAUAAAUCUAAUAAACCGUGCCAAUCGUGGCAGUUGUUGCAAUUUGAACAAAGGCUGGUAGCGUAUAUACGUAUUACUGGCGUUCACUCUUCAGAUACUGACGAAACGUUUAAUUUAAAAUAUUUGGAGGCACCCGCUCAAGUAUCGCUAGCUUUCAUCAUCAAAAAACCGUGGAAGUCGGUAUCGUGGCUAUUAAAUCGGAAAUAG